UUUCUGUUGCGCCAAUAGGCUUAAGUUCACUUGACUUUAACCCAACCCAUCUACUUGUGCUCGAGUAGGGAAACCGGUAAGACUUGAGACACAGAAAACACCGUCUCAUUAGGAACACCUCACGCUUGCUUCAAGAUGUCUGUAUCAGAUUUAUCUGAUAGGAUACCUGUGCCAAAACCACGAGCAAGAUACUUGCUUGGAAUGGGUGCAUCAACAAGUGAUGGUGUUGGUCCAGAUGUUCAGGCUGAUACAAAGAUGAAUUUUGAAGAAGAGGUUAAUUACAAACAUAAGAUUAGUGUGGAAGAGCCAUUUAGUCAACUGCAUACCAUCUCUGCCUCUCCUGGCCUUCAAGAAAAUGCUGCCUCUAUAGCUUGUGAGGAUUUCACUGUGAUUCCAGUCUCACCAAAAUCUCUCAAUGAAUCUCUCAACCAAGUGUCCCCAGAUUUACCAAAAUCUCUCAGUAAGCAGCACCAGAAUUCCAACAAAGCAGGUUCUACAGACCAGAUGAUGGAUGUUCAAAUAGGGCUUGUUAGAAGCGAAGACAUGUGUCACGAUCCCAAAUCACAGAAGAACCCCGACAGGCCCAAUAAACCACGUGCUGCUACCAUUCGUGUGAGCAGAAGGAAGCAGACAUUAUCGCGGUUACAUAAGAUAGCUGCUACAUCUCAUUGUGAAAGUGUGGUGGCACAAUCCAGCUGGCUGGACGUAUGGAAGGGACGCAAGCACAAUGUCCUUUGGGCCACUCUAGAUGGUCAGCUCAUGUCACUUUGGAAAAAACGCACAGACAAGUUCACAGAAUAUGUGUUUCAUGUAACAAGCAUCACCAACAUAUGCAGGCAUGAUCACGGACACUUCUCUAUCUACUUUAGGAAAAAACACUUUGAGUUCAUGGCUCACAGUGAAGCUGUGCAAAAGGGUUGGGUGUCAUCUCUCCUUGCCUCUCGUGGGGGGGAACCAGUCGCUCCACCCAAACAGCAUGGGCCACUGACCAUGAAAGAUCCACGGAAAAAAGUGCAUGCAGCUAUCUGUGGACAUAACCUUUGGAUUUACAGCAAUAAAGAGGACUUCAGUUUAGGUCUCGGUAUGACAUAUGUAUCUAUGAAUAUAGCAUCCGUGAAGCUGACUGGCCGCCACACCUUUUGUCUCAUUACACCAUACAGGACCUUUAAUUUCUCUGCAGAAACAUCUAAAGAGGCGACUAUGUGGCUGGAUUGCCUGAAUGACGUGAUCCGCAGCGCACUGUCUUGCAGUAUGGUGGCCAAUCGGCUGUGGUCGAGUCCCUGGAAUAAAGUUUGUGCCGACUGUGGUGCUGCUAACCCUGAAUGGGCAUCUGUGAAUCUGCUGGUGGUCAUCUGCGAGGACUGCGCAGGUGAACAUAGAUCCAUGGGAAGUAACAGGUCCAAAGUGCGAAGUCUGAAACUAGAUAAUAAGGUCUGGACAGAACCCUUAAUUCAGGUGAGUUUUGUUAUGCUGCAGAACCAAUAACAAAUAUAGAUGCAAGCAGCAUUUAAGGGAAUCAACCCAACCGAGGGCACAGUGGGAAAUAUACAGUAUAUUGACAUCUCUGAUGAUGAGUUUUUGAAAAUCAGUUUUAAAAACGGUUAACCCCCUGGGGUCUGAGGGGGUUGGGGGCCCUUCAGAAGUUUUGACAUGUCCUGACAUUUGUGCUUUUUUCAGUUGUUUAUAAACAUAUUAAUGGGACUAUUACAGUCAAUGAAAUAAGGUCAGAAAACUCAAACUAAACAUAUAUUCACAAGACUUUUGAGUAUUGAAUCUUGUAGGCUAGAGAUUUUGCGACAAGGUGUAAAAAAACAUUCUGCUCACUCAUUCACAUAAAACAAUGUAGUGAUUUAACUUUUGUAAGAUACUUCUUGUUGUGGAAAGGCCAUAUGCGAUGGAGUUUCAAUGGCCAUGAAUAUUGAUGUGUUUCAUAACACAUCAAUAGAUAAAGACCCAACCCUUAAUGGGCCAAUGUGGAAUGUUGUGAGGCAGCUAUGAGAAAUAAUGUGAGGAGACUUGCGUAACGCAGGUGUAACACGGCGUGACAGGGCAAAAGACAAUAGAACCCAUUAUCAUGUCCACACUGGAUGCUACACGACACAACAAAUCGGCAUCUGGUGUAGACAGGGUGUGAAAGAAUAAAUUGUUUCUUUUUUGCAGUUUAUUUACAGUACAAAGUAAAUGUAAAAAACACACAGAAUGAUGCGGACACAAGAAAAAGUAAAUGAUUGUUAGCAUAUAUUGUACAGAGUACUAGUGUUGUAGUCAAGAACGCCUAAACCGAGACCAAGAUCAGAGUGUUUCGAGACCAAGACAAGACUAAGACUUUGAGGGGCUGAGACCAAGACAAGACCAACACCAACACUCCUUAAAUUAAUCUAAAAGAGCCACAUAACUUCAAAAAACACCCUUAAAUAAUAAUAAAUAUUAAAACAAAAUAAAAUUUAAAAAGUUGUUAUCUUUGGGUAAAUAAAUACAAACACUAGCACUUAUUUUCCGUGUUUUAUUACCCACUUAACACAUUGCAAUUAAAAAUGGCAAUUAUUCAACAUUUAAAGCAGAAAACCUUUAAAUAUACCCAACAAAUAUUGAAGUCUGUAAACUCUUUCAAUGAAGCAAUAAUAGUAAUUUAAAAGUAAUAAUAAUUAUACUUUAUGUAAAAUUGAGAGUACAAACAAAAACAAGUUUUCACCGUUUCACAAAUUUAAUUUAAAAGCAUGUAAACAUAUAUUAUAAUAUAGAUAAAUAAACAAGACAUCACACAAGUUUUUUGCAAUCAUAUCUUGGAUUUUGUGGGCUUUUCUAUUAAUUUUGUUGACAGAUUUAUUUUUGACAAUCCUGUCACAGCCUGUUUCUACUGCCCUGGGUCUCCACCUGAGGGCGCCAUAUUGCUUUAUGUUUCUGCCUGUUUUAUAAGGACUCCAUAUCCCAUCAUACCUUGUGUCUUGUGAUUGUUAACUGGUUUCAGAUGUGUCUCAUUUCCUGUUUGUCCCUGCAUCUGUGUAUUUAUAAUAAUAAUAAUAAUCAUUCAUUUUUAUUUAUAACACACUUUAUAUUAACAAGAAUCUCAAAGUGCUACAAAUUAAAAACAAAAGAAGCAAAAGAAGAAAAGAAACAAUAAGUUCAAAUAAAUUAAAAGCUUGUCUAAAAAGGUAAGUUUUAAGGCCAGACUGUGGUGUCCUCAGAUGGUCAGGGCAGUGGUGGACUGGUCGUGUGGAGCACCGAGAGUUUCUUGUUGAGAUAGAAUCAGUCUUGUUAUAUGUCCUGUCCAUGUUGAAAUCAGGACUAAGAGAGUCGACCCUGAGGGAGUAUGUAGCAGCUGUUUCUGACUGCCGCUCAGGCUAUGGAGGUUGCUCAGUGGGCUCUCAACCUCUUAUCAAAUGCUUCCUGAAAGGGGCUCGUAGAUUGCGUCCAUCUCAGUCUCGGUUAAUUCCCGCAUGGGAUCUGGGAAUUGUUCUGAAGGCCCUGACAAAAUCCCCCUUUGAACUACUGGACAAAUUGCAAAUUGGCAUACA